UUUAAUAAUUAUGUUCAAAAGUGAUAAACUCCAACACCAAUCUUCUAAAAAAUCAAAAGAAAAAUUUCUCAAAGACCACCAUCAACAACAUGGUGGGGCUUUUGUUAUUAAAAGACCCGCACAUUUACGUUCUGCUGCUAUUGAUAGCCCAGCAACUUCAUCUCAAAAUGAUUCUCAAAUUCUUAGUUCUCACGUUCUUUUGGCAGUAUUCCCUUCAUUAGAAGAAUUUACACACGAAAGAGAAGUUCUUCGGGGAGUCUUAACAGAUUUACAACAAUAUUUUUGUGAUCUAGAUAUAGAAUUAGAAUGUUGUACUUUAUUUGAGAAAGGGGAUAUAUUGAAAUGUAUGGAUGAUUAUUUACUUUUGGCUGAUACUUUAUCUGGACCUAAUAGUACAGCUUUAGUUUUUGUUGGUGAUAGAUAUGGAGAGGAAUUACUUCCUAUUGAGAUAUCUUCUUUUGAAUUUAACGCAUUAAAAGAGGCAGCAUUAGAAUUAGCAGAUGAUGCUGGAUUACUUUUAGAACUAUUUUAUCAUUUAGACAGAACUAGAGAGCCUCAAGUUUAUCAAUUAAUUGCUAAUAGAGAUCCUGUUGGAGCUAGGAAAUUAUGUAAUGGAAUUAAAAGAUGUGCUGCUAGGGCUUUUGAGGAUGGGGCGUUUGGCCAUUUAAACAUAACACAAGAGGAUCAAAAAAGCAAUACACAUUUUACAAAAUCUUUCAUUGAACUUUGUGCAAAUGCUGCCAAAGCAAAUGCUCAUUCUUUAAUAAUUUCUAGGCGUUUUGAAAGUAAAAAAUAA